GCCGCGAGUGUAUGUGCGCGCGCGGCGGCGGCAGGGCGGGCAGCGCGCGGGAGCUGGGCUGGCGGGCGGCGGUUCUGCCGUUCUGCUCCGGCCGCCGCCAUGUCCGCCGUCAUCGAGCGGGAGUUCCAGGAGAUCGACGCCACGAACGACUGGCAGGCGCGCUAUCUGGAAAUUCGACAUAAAUCCAGUGACUACCCUCAUAGAGUUGCAAAAUACCCAGAAAACAGAAAUCGAAACAGAUACAGAGAUGUUAGUCCAUAUGAUCACAGUCGAGUAAAACUGCAGAACACAGAGAAUGACUAUAUCAAUGCCAGCCUAGUGGUCAUAGAAGAAGCCCAGAGAUGCUAUAUCUUAACACAGGGUCCACUACCUAAUACGUGUUGUCAUUUUUGGCUAAUGGUAUGGCAACAAAAAACCAAAGCAGUUGUUAUGCUGAACAGAAUUGUUGAAAAAGACUCGGUGAAAUGUGCACAGUACUGGCCAACGAGAGGAGAAGAAUUUAUGAUAUUUAGUGAAACAGGCUUUCGUGUGAGGCUAGUAUCGGAAGACGUCAAAUCCUAUUACACUGUUCACCUACUGCAAUUAGAAAAUAUCAACAGUGGAGAAUCCAGGAUGAUAUCUCACUUUCAUUAUACUACAUGGCCAGACUUUGGAGUUCCUGAAUCCCCAGCUUCUUUCCUGAACUUCCUUUUUAAAGUCAGAGAAUCUGGUUGCUUAAGUCCUGAACAUGGACCUGCAGUGGUUCACUGUAGUGCAGGGAUAGGACGAUCCGGCACGUUUUCAUUAGUAGACUCUUGUCUUGUUCUGAUGGAAAAAAAGGAUCCGUUUUCUGUAGAUAUUAAGAAGGUAUUACUGGAUAUGAGAAAAUACCGAAUGGGACUUAUUCAGACACCUGAUCAACUAAGAUUUUCAUAUAUGGCUGUAAUAGAAGGAGCAAAAUUUAUAAUGGGGGAUUCAACUAUACAGAAACGGUGGAAGGAGCUCUCUAAGGAGGACCAGGCGCCAAGCAGUGAGCAGUCUCCUCCACACCCAGCCAAAAUAACCACCGAGAAGUACAAUGGGAACAGCGUAGGCCUGGAGAGUAAAGAUCAAAUGGAUAAAAUAAGUACUGGCCUGUCCACUAAAGUUCAAGAUGGCACAGAUGGAAACGUUGAAGGUGCUGCCCGAAAACGCCUGCGAGAUGAUAGGAAAGCUAACACAGCACAGAAGGUCCAGCAGAUGAAGCAGAAGCUAAAUGAGACUGAAAGAAAAAGAAAAAGGUGGUUAUAUUGGAAACCUAUUCUUGCUAAGAUUGGGUUUGGUACACUGAUUUUAGUUGGCGCUUAUUCUUGCUGGAAAAUGUAUUUUCAAGAACAUUCCUUGUAAGUAACAGUAAGCUUGUCUGCUCCAGCAGCUGAUUUUGCUGCAAGUUAAUGACCAGGGGUGUGACUCUAAGCAGUAAACUCCUUACACCUGGAAUGGGUACACACCAUUACAUACAAUAGAGGAGUGGUGUAAACUUGAUAAUCUGUCAACAUCUCAGGACUUUCCACUGCAGGUAUAUAAAUGAACUGCUACCCCUCCCCCCCCAACAGAGUUGUUAUUUUUUGUUUAUAUAAGCAGGUGCAAAUGUGCUGCAACUUUCAAAAAUGGUCUACUGGAUCUAGAGCAAACCCUGAACCACAGAGUUGUAGCUACUGAAGGCUGUUUGGAUUUAAAUUUACAUGCCUGACAUAAGCAAUAAACAGUGUUGUACCAUUACGUUAUUAAUACCAAGAAGUUAUCCUUAAAUGUGUGUAAUGUGUAAUGUACCGGUGACAUGAGCAUAAACAUUUUAUAUUCUUAUGACCUAGGAUAAAUAUAUUUUAUAAUUGCGUAUUUAAUCUUUUUGUAGUUCACUGUACUUUUAAAAGCUCAGUUUGUACAAAUUUCUGACCAAAAAAGAACUUGAUUUAGAAAUUAUGUGUAAUUUGUGCAUGAAAAUAAUAGUGCAACCACACCCCAUAUUUUGACUCUCAGAUUUAUGAUGCGAGCAGCUAGGGGUCUGAUGAAGCACUUAGCAAUUUCUACUCUGUUACUUUGCAUUCCUUAUUUAUUUUUUGUAGUUUUUGUUAUUUAAGUAAGGCUUGGGAAUUUGAAUUUUUUAAGGCUUUGGAGAACAUAGCCCCCACUGAAAAGUAUACUGUUCAACUGAUCAAUGUAUUCAGACUUAGCUACUGUUUGAAGGCCAACUUUGUUAAAGUUCUGACAUUCCAUUAAAUGUGAAACAUAAUGUUCUGUGUGUCUAUAGAUUAAUUGCCAUAAAGAAUAAAAUCCAUUUAUCAGUAAUAUACGUAGAAAGCACCUCAAAGAAAACUACUUUGUCUUCCAAGUGUGGUUUUGAUAGAAAACAAAUGCUGGUAGUAUUCCCUGUAGCCAGUGUUUUCAGUUGUUAGCUACUUCCAGAAUUUCACAAAGUGCAGAAUUGCUCUUCAAGUUGCCUGUUUCUGUAUUUGAGAGGUGUAUGAAAGUAAAAUACUCAGCGAGGGAUAUUUUGGGAAUACCUACCCUGUAGGCACUUUAAUAUUGAAUGGUCUGUUUCCAUUACUUGGAUGAUAACAACGCUUGCUAAACAGUAACCGAACACAGAUCACUUGCUGUCCUUUCAGUUCUCUUGAAACACAGAGCUUAUAUGUGGUGUAUUAAGUUGAAACAUAUUAUUUUGUAGUAAUGGACUGCACUUUGAAACCUGGAUUUAUUUAUUCAAGUAUUGACUUGUUGGAUGACUUCAAAGAAGUUGUGUUGACCUUCUCCACUGUCCUAGCUUGAUUGUUUUCUGCUUGGGUGUCUCCUCUUGGGAUUCCUUACUGAGGUUUUUUUGUUGUUCAUUCGUAAAGCACUUCUUGGAUUGAUUGCUGAAAAUACUGAGAGAGCUAGACGAUUUGCUCUUGUUCCAGAGGAACUGACAGGUUUCCAGCACAUUAGAGCUGAGCAGUAACUUGCCAGGCGUGGGGCCCAAACAGGCUGACAUAAAUACGCAAGGCUGACUUGUGCGUACUCUUUGAAACUCAUUUCACAAUAGUUAAUAUUAUUUUGAACUACACUGUUUAUAUAGUAAACAAAAUGCUAAAGUGUCCAGAUAAGGAAGUGAAAACAAGUGUAGUUCCUUGGAGCACGCAGUUCUGUAUUUGGGAAAUGGUGUGUCAGUAGAACAAAGAUAAUUUGUCCUGUGGCACUGCUGACCUGCUGUACAGCUCUAAGAGCAGAGCAGCAUGGCAGUGGCUGUGACGCAAUACAGGCAGGCAGUUUAUGCAUUUUAAGGCAGUCAUAAUUUUGACAACUACAGUAAGUUAGCCGACAAGUUGGAUGGAAGAUUCUUUUCUUUUUCCUUUAAUUGGGAAGAUCGAGGUUUUUUGAAGUAUCAGCUGUAACUGAUACACUGUGUAAAUUUAUGUGCCUUAUAAAAUAUAUCUUGGCUUUGGAAAAGCAUGUGGAAUGUAAUUAAAUGCUUUUAUAAUGAAGAAAUAUUCCAGGCUUAAUUCAAAAUACCUAAAAGCAGCUAAAGAAAAAGUGCAGGCAAAAGCUUCAGUGGAAGCAUUGUCAUUUACCACCUUUGUGUUUGCUUUAGAUGAGGUUGAGUUCAAAUGCUGAACUCUGCUUGGGUCUUGGCAGGUUCUCACUUCAAAUUUUCCCUGAUUCCAGCUUCUUCUCCGUUUUGGCUUUUUGUUGUGUAGCUGCUGAGGAGGCCCUCUUUGUUGGGAGGGGGCCGUGGGGCAGCAGCAGGGAGCCAUUUUCUGUCAUCUCACAUUACCUUCUCAUGCAGUAAAAAGUAGUAAAAGGAGCUGCUUUUAGUUGUGAUAGGUAGAAAUUUUGAUUACAUCCUUGUAAGUAUCUUCAAGAUCUGAGCUUCCUUAAAUUGAGUUAUGAACCAGUACAAGUCUUGGACAAAACAACUUGAACAGUGAGUUUUCUGUGAGUGUGUGGGAGUGGGAGGGACAUGAGUAUUAGAUCUCUUAGAACAUCCCAGGUGUCAGAUUGGAUAAAACUUCUCUCUGGUCCCUCAGUGUCAGAUUUGGGAUUGGGACAAAACACUUCAACAGAACUUGUGGAAGCUUGCAGUGUUUGACUGCAAACUGAGCCUUGUGGUAUUUAGUUUUUCUGUAGGAUGAAAAUUUAGAGCAGUUGUGUACAAGUGGGAUGUUAAAUAAGAAUAAAUGUGGGUCGGAAUGAAGGCUUGUCAAUCCCAGGGAUGUUUGUUUUAGGAAACACUUAAAGAAAGAAUGAAAAUGAAGGAAAUGCCUUCUGCCACCCCAUUCUCCCAAUUCCUGGCAUUUCUGUUGGCUGUUUCCAUGGCACUUUCGAAGUGCUUUUGCACUUUGAAGUGUUACUGCGUUGGGCUUUUCCCUGGUUUGGAAAUAUGUUGGUCAAAAUGCUUGAGGUGUACUGGAUGUCAGAAUUUGAUCAAACAGUGUUUGACUCUUAGAUGAAAGCUUUAUACAAAUCAUGUGUUUUUAUGAAAAUACCACUGAGAAAUGUUUGGACCUCAGUUGCAAGUGGUUUGGAAUUAGUCAUUAAGUCCUCUGUUUGAUUAUAUUCUUCAUGCAGGGACAGUCUACUUAGUGUCACAGUACAGCUGUAUUUCUGUUGAAAUGUAUUAAGAAAAUUGAAUUCAUUGUGAAACAGAAUUCUGGAAAAAUCAGACUUACUUUAUGUAAAUAAGGUACUGGAAAUGAAACCCAGAUAAUUUUGUUAGGUCUUGACUGAAAUGGUUUACUUGCAUCAAUUGAUAUUCCACUGAGUAGGGAAGAAGUAUAAAUGUAUACAUAUGUGCAUGUGUUGGAUUGUGUUGGCCAUGAGCAGCCUUGUGAGCUUUAAGUUCAAUGAAUGUUAACUCAAUUAUUUAGCUUGCUGCUGGCAUUAUGCUUUAACCUGAGACACUUGAUGACUGCUCAAGAGACUUAAUUUAGUGACAAAAGAGGAAGUCUUCUGCAUGGCCAAGUGGCUUAAGUCACAGAAUGGAGUUUGCAAAGUUGCCAUAACACACAGUAGUCUUCCUGGGUUCUUUAACCCUGACACCCCAAAGGUUUAGGUCAGUCUUUCAUUUUUAUGUAUGAAAAAUAAAGUGUUCAAAAUUGUA